CGUGCUCCACUGUAUACUCAUUCGACAUUCGCUUAGAGUAAUGGCGACUCCAAUUACGUGAAUUGGUACCGAAUGACGAGAUGCUUGGCACCUGUCAUCAAUUGGUAGUUCUUCAAGAGAUGCAAUGCAGAAAUGUAUGUUUCUGCUUGCGUGAUUCCCACUAGGUGACAAAAAACAGGGGUUCGUGGGUAGUUGGUGUAUCCCUUUCCCCACUCAAGUUGCAUCGCUUCGCGACAGCCCAAGGAACUUGGCCGUGGCGUGCGUGGUGUUGACCCUGCAAAUCGCCUUGUCUAUACUUUUCGUACAUAUAUAGUAUCCGAAGUUCUUUCGAAGUUUGAUUGAUCACUUUGCUUUUUGCGACGCUUGCGAACCCUCGGAUCUACGCUUGAGAGGGUGAUAUCGGCAUACAGGCAGAACCUCUACUCCAAACGCGCCGCUAUCAUGGCAAGUCAAACAGACGACAAAUGGCGAUCAGUCGCAUCGCAGGCUUCUGUUCCAUCCGACUCUUCCCCAAACAAUAUCGAUCAGCAAUCUACGAACGGUAGCGAUGGCAAGCUCCCUCUCGAAACAAACACUGAUGUGCCGGGUCUGGCAUCGAAAGAGACGCAGCGAAUGGAAGCGGCGAUGGGCGAUGCUAUAUUGCGGUUCCUCAGGGUUCGCAAAGGGCCCAAGCCCAACGAAUACGAUCUUGAUGCGAUUGCGACUCAGCCAAGUAUAUGGGAUAACGACAAUGUGGAGGAACUCAAAGAGACGUAUAUCCAUCCGAAAUGGGAAAAUUGGUCUGCCUUCGACCCGUCGUUUCGCUGGACUUGGAGAGAAGAGAACGUAGUUCGUCGCAAAGUAGAUUGGAAGAUCAUGGUCUGGGUCUGCGUCAUGUUUGCCGCACUGAACAUCGACCGCAACAACAUCCAAAACGCAGUCUCCGAUAAUAUGCUCGACGAUCUCAAUAUCACUCGAGCUGACUACAACAUUGGUCAAACAAUCUCUCGAGUCGGUUUCUUGGUCGCCGAACUGCCUUCGCAACUCAUAUCGAAACGAAUCGGUCCCGAUCUAUGGAUUCCGAUCCAGAUCUGUAUUUUCAGUCUAAUAUCCGCGAUGCAAUUCUUUCUCAAGGGUAGAGCUUCUUUUCUUGCUACGCGAUACCUGAUCGCUACGUUUCAGGGUGGAUUCAUACCGGAUACCAUUCUUUACCUAAGCUACUUCUAUACUGGAAGAUCAUUGCCGAUUAGGCUGGCAUGGUUUUGGAUGUCCUCUCAAUUAGUGGACAUCGGUGUAGGCUUUGCAGCUGUUGGACUCGUUUCCAUGCGUGGAAUUCUUGGUUACGAGGGUUGGAGAUGGCUUUUCCUCAUCGAGGGCGCUUUUACCUUUCUGAUUGGAUUGAUGUCCUUUUUCCUGAUGCCGCAGUGCCCGACACGCACUAAAAGCUGGUGGAACCCCAAGGGUUACUUUAACGAACACGAACAAAAAGUCAUCGUCAACUCAGUAAUCCGAGAUGAUCCCAACAAAGGAGGCAUGUACAACCGGCAAGGCCUUUCAGUCAAGCAGAUCUGGCAAUGUUCGAAAGACUAUGACAUGUGGCCUCUGUACCUUCUCGGCUUGCUCUUCGGUCUUCCAAAGUACCCCGUAACCCAAUAUCUCACGCUAUCCUUCCGCGACUUGGGAUUCGACGUGAUUCAAUCCAAUCUUUUGUCGAUCCCUUACAUCGUCGGCUCGAGCAUCACCAUGCUGGCUAUCACGGCAUUCAGCGAGCUGGUCAACAAUAGGAGUUUUGUUGCUAUGGCGGAGGAUGCUUGGUUGCUUCCUUGCUUUGCGGCUCUUUUGGCACUGAAGGAUCCGAUCAGCGGGUGGGCGUACUUUGCUAUUGCGACUACUUUGUUGUCGUUUCCUUACACCCAUCCUAUACAAGUCGCUUGGACGAGUCGAAACGCAGGAUCCGUUCAGAAUCGCACUGUCUCCGCAUCGCUAUACAACAUGUUUGUCCAAGUCAGCGGAAUGAUCGGAGCAAACAGCAAGUACACCAUCAGAACAAUCUUGAAGCCAAAUACUAACGUUCGCAGUAUACCAACCCACCGAUGCGCCGCGCUACUACAAAGCCAACAAAGGGCUCCUCGUCAUAUGUGUCUGGAUCUCAUCCAAUACCCGGGGACUUAUGUGUACUACCGAUGGAGAAACAACUCGAAGGCGAAGAAAUGGGAUGCUAUGACUCCGGAAGAGCAGAACAAUUAUCGGGCUACCACUACUGAUGAAGGGAAUAAACGUCUUGACUUUCGUUUCGCAACUUAG